AUGUAUGAGGAGUUAACAAUGCUUAAUUUGCAAAGUAAUUCGAACUGGAACAUGCCGAAUGACUGGUACCAUCAGCAGAACACUGCUGCCACCCAUCACAGCACAGUGUCUGAUGACUGCAUGGUGGACACAGACACAGCAAUGGGGACAGGAGGAGGAAGAGUGCAGAUGGAGAGGAACAAUGGUGAAGAAUCACAGUUGCGGCUGCAGCUGAAGAGGAAACUGCAGAGGAACAGGACGAGCUUUACUCAGGAGCAGAUUGAGGCUCUGGAGAAAGAAUUUGAGAGGACACACUACCCUGAUGUUUUUGCACGAGAACGUCUAGCAAAUAAAAUAGACCUCCCGGAAGCACGGAUCCAAGUGUGGUUUUCCAACCGAAGAGCAAAAUGGAGACGAGAAGAGAAGCUGCGCAACCAGAGGAAAUCUGGGGGUGGAACUUUAUGCACCCAAACACAUACUCCGCUUAGCACUUCCUUUAAUUCAGCCCUCUAUCAGCAGCACAGCAGCAGUGCAGGCUCCAUGAUCAAUCAAAGUGAGACAACUCUCCCUAGUUACAGUUCCCUCUCUGUCUAUUCUGGAGUACAGUCGGCCCCCUCAUAUCCUUGCAUGCUGCCCCCUUCUCCUUCUGCCCCACAAUCCUUUGAGCCUUCUUCUUACCCCUCCCCCCACCUCCCAGGCCCGCCUACUGGAAACACCAGCACAGGUUUGAUCUCUCCUGGCAUUUCAGUACCAGUCCAGGUCCCAGGGAAUGAGCAGAACAUAGGCCAAAACUUGGGCCAGUACUGGGCCCGACUGCAGUGAGGAAAAAGCAAUUCAUGAUCAUGUGAGGAAGUGAUCGAGUCAGAAACAAAAACUUGAAGAUAAAGCUUCUCAGUAGAGAUUUCACAGGGAUACAAAUUAUGAAUUAACAUUCAAGAUUAAUGCAAUCUCUAGAAGUGUUGUAACUUUCUGGUUUGUAAACUAUAUUGCAUUGUCACCAGCAUGAACCCGGUUGCAAUGCACUAUGGGACAUUUUAUCUUGCUUCAUAGUCUGUUGUUUAAACUUGCAGUACUAAAUUCGCAAGAAAAUGAAUCAUGCAUAAGCAUUUUUAGGAUUCAUUUGAACACUUGCUAAAAAUUUGGAUUAUGCCUGUUCAGAAAGUGUGCUUACGAUGUACACUUAUUAGUAAAACUAAAUUUGACUUUU